AUGAUUUGGACUUUGGGAGACGUCAAAGGUUCCCUCGACAAUAUCGCUCUUGUCCUCGGUGGCCUCACCGCAGGCGGCGGCAUCAUCGGCUACGCCCGCACCGGCUCCAUCCCCUCCGUCGCCGCCGGCGUGACGGUUGGCGCAUUGUACGCCCUCUCGGGCCUCCGCCUCCGCAACCGCGCCCCCUACGGCGUCGAGAUCGGUCUGCUGGCAUCGGUCGUGUUAGCGGGCGCGAGCUUGCCGCGGGCGAUUCGGACGGGGAAGCCGGUGCCGAUUGGGUUGUCGGUUUUGGCGACCUAUGGUCUGUAUAGUUUUGGGAUGGCAUUUAGUGGGCGGGUGCGUUGA